AUGCGAACAGUUCUGAUGAAUUCUAUUAGACUCACAAAAGACCCACAAACAGUUCGCGACGCACUUGAAGAGCUUCACAUACGGAGCUAUAUCCGACCAUCAGUCUCCAACUUUGGACGAAUAAUCAUCAUACAUUCCUUAAUUGAGUGGAAUUGGCAGAUCCAACGCUUUUACAGCAACAAGCUGUCACAGUUGACUCCGAAAGCAGCACGGAAGCCUCCUGGCAGCAUUUGCAGCGCAUCAUCCGCAGCACCUUAUCCAGCCUCCAUUCCACAGAUCUUGGCAUGGAGAAACAAUGCCCGUGGCUGCCUCGACGUGCUGCACUGGGAAGCCCUCGGCAUUUCGUCCAAGACAGGAGGCAUAGAAAGCCCGCUAUUCCUAGUCCUGCACCUGGCCCGCCUCAUCUUGCUCACCCCCGUAUCCCAUCUUAGAACCCUUGCAGAAUACCGCUGCAAUCACGGUGCCAGUGGCACGUGUGAACCUCGGACCUUGCCGAAUGAGGAUGUGUCAGUGGUGCGUUACUGGUUCACCUACGACAAGUACAAAUGUCGCUUGGCCGUGUUGCACGCCGGUGCCAUUUAUUGGCACAUCCGACGUUAUUCCUCUGACGCUAUUCUCCAACCGUUCGCGCCGUUCCUAGCAACGUUAGUCCUAUGGACGUACGCCACCUGCUCUUCUGCGAAAGCGUCUAGCCCCCAGAUACCCCCGGCGGGCCUCGAGGGCGGCUCUGGCCCGAACCUGCAUGCCGGGUCGGUCGCUGGUGACGGCAACGCCACGACGACGAGAAAUCACCGUGGCUGGAUCGGCGCUGAUCCCAUACCCGAUGAAAUGAAUGAGCUUUCGUCAGGGUCGGAUAGCGAUACAUCUGACUGUUCAAAUUCUCCACCUCGGGCACCAAGCUUCAUGCACCUUGAUCGGCCUUUCGAUGACGAGCUUGCGCAGCAUUUUAUUCGCUUGGCGGACACCAUGCAAGCGUCCGUCGACAGAGUUGGGGACCUUUGUACAACCGUUCCAGCAGGUGUUCUUAAGGAGGGCAGUCGUCUCCUUCGGGAGAAAUUCCGCAAAUGGGACGUAUCGAAGACCUAUGCUACGACGCUGGAAGAUCUCAUGCUGCCUAACCCAUUGAGCUAA